AGCACAGAAUACCAGAGAUUUCUGUUUGGAUCAGCUGAGGCUCCAAUAAAAGUGCCAUCAUGAGCACAGACGCGGAGAUGGAGCAGUAUGGCCCGGCGGCCGUUUUCCUCCGGAAGCCUGAAAGGGAGAGGAUUGAGGCCCAGACUGCUCCUUUUGAUGCCAAAACAGCUUUCUUUGUGGCUGAUGAAGCUGAGAUGUAUCUGAAGGGUAAACUGGUAAAGAAAGAGGGUGGCAAAGCCACAGUUGAUACAGAUACGGGAAAGAGUAUCACUGUGAAAGAGGAUGACAUACAUCCCAGGAACCCUCCAAAGUUUGAUAAAAUGGAGGACAUGGCCAUGAUGACCCACCUCAAUGAGCCAUCUGUGUUGUAUAACCUCAAAGAGCGUUAUGCAUCAUGGAUGAUCUAUACCUACUCUGGGUUGUUCUGUGUGGUCGUGAACCCCUACAAGUGGCUUCCUGUGUAUGACGCUACAUGUGUAGCAGCAUAUAGAGGCAAGAAGAGGAUUGAGGCUCCACCCCACAUCUUCUCCAUCUCUGACAAUGCUUAUCAGUUCAUGCUCACUGAUCGUGAGAACCAGUCUGUCCUGAUUAGGCUCCCUGGAGGACCAGAUUGUAGCUGCCAACCCUCUGCUGGAGGCUUAUGGUAAUGCCAAGACUGUGAGGAAUGACAACUCUUCCCGUUUUGGUAAAUUCAUCAGGAUCCACUUUGGCACAAGUGGCAAGCUGGCUUCAGCUGAUAUUGAGACGUAUCUGCUGGAGAAGUCCCGUGUCACCUUCCAGUUGUCUGCUGAGAGGAGCUACCAUAUCUUCUAUCAGCU